CCCAUUCAGAUACACACCAUAGGAAUUUUUCUUCGUAUCUGAAGAAUAACAAUUUGUUUAUAGUCAAUUAAAAUGUGCUUGUGAAUCGUUAACGGAUAAUAAAAACAAAAAUGAAGUUUAUAAACUUUAUAGUGACCGUACUAGCUUUAAUCUGCAAUAGAGUCGAAGGUUUAAAAUUGCAGGCAAAUGUGGGGGAGCUGUUCUCUUAUAAAAUUGAACCACAACUCUUCAAUUGGACACACCAGGUUAUCAGCCAGCAAUUUCGCUACAGACCGUCUUUGAAGAGCUACCCCGAUUUGCCCAGUUGGAUGAGAUAUAUGUAUAGCCAUGAAUACCAUGCCGGUUUCCUAUACGGAACUCCACCAGAAUCGGCGGCUGGAAAGGACCUUAGCCUGGAUGUGGUGGCCCUGAAUCGGCAAAAUUACGAGACCCGACAUGUCGUGGUCUCAAUGUUUGUGGCCCACAAGUUCCCCACACCCAAUGUAGUGCAGAUGAAAAUUAACAAUCUGAAUUGGGUUCAUAUCAUUGGAGAUCCCGGUAGGGUGGAGAACUUACGCAACAUAUUCCGCAACGAUCUGUGGCCAAAUAGUAAAGAGGAUCUGAGUGUGGUCUUCAUGGAGUCUGCUGUGAAUAUGGGAGGACGUCUUCCUCUACGACCCCAGCAGCGUGAGGGAGUCAUUGUCCAUGUGGGAAGCUUUGCCCAAUUCUCACCCCGACUAAUGGAACUUCAAGAGGAAGUGCGUCCAUUAUAUAAACUGCCUUCAUGCACUUACAAGCGCACAUCCGUCCAGAAAAUCUUCGAGAAUGUCGGCUUCAAAUUGGAUUGGUGCGCCUUUCGAAUGGUUGGUAUGGAAUCGCCCACAGAAAUCCUCUUCCACAGCGGCAAGCAGAAUGAGCAGCAGGUGGCGGAGGACCAGAAUCAAAGGCAACAGGAUCGAUGGAUGGGAAUAUCCAGGGAAGAUGUUCCGGAGCGCAAUUACAUCGACGAAUUCGCCUUUGCCUUCGCCAUUCCAGGCAUGAUAUUCGCAAUUUUAAUCGGGAUGUUAUCCGCUGUUUUGUGUUUCCAGCACGAGAAGUUUUCCGAUCCGCAUUCUGAGUUUUUCUUUGCCAACAUUUUCCACAUCUGCGAAGAGUCCUGUGCGCCAAGCGCGACAAGCGAUUCUGGGGCGGAUGAUGGUUCUGAGAGUUCUUCGAACUCGGAUUAUCCCAUGUCAUCGACUGUUCAAAUGGUCCAGUGUUCCAAUCAACCCAUAACAACCUUGAAAAGCCUCAAGGACCCGAACUUCCUUUUGGACAAUACUAGCAUUCGAUCUCAGAGUCCUAAUAAUAGCUUUUACCAAUUGGACUGUGGAACCUCAAGCAUUUACGCUCGACCCAAGCCACCGCCCUAUAAGGGCGGCACUUUGGGACGAAAUGGAGUGAAUAUAUGACAAUCAUCUCCCCGAGUGCUUUACUGCUAAAAGGCUUUGGAUCUGAACCUAUGAAAUCUCAAUAAGCAAUAUCGAGGAGCGUUAUAUCAAUUGCAUAAAUACUCACACCUGCCGAACUAGACAAACCAUAUCGUAAUUAUCAAUUUAUAUACAUACGCAAGCAUAAAACUAGCCAAUUUAGUUUGCCAUUUGAGAAUGAAGGCAAUUAAAUAAAGGAGUCGUUUUUUUAGAAA